AUGAGAAUCCAGGAUACGGUAGUGAACUUGGGUCGCUCUCUGGUAACGUUUUGUCUUCUCCAUGUAGCUGCAGGCUUAGACAUUGUCCACGUCUUGCACAGAACGAGCUCUGCUUCUUCUGCCAACGUGGUCUCGGAUGUCGCUGGCCGCUUCGCAUCCUUGGUACAGCAGCUUCAUACGCGGGAUGCGGAGCAGUCCCUCCUGGACGCCGCAGAUGCAGCCAGGCAGCGGUCAACAAUCCAAAGGGCCCAGUCCAUGCAGGACAAAGCUUUGCUUGAAGACGCCUAUCAGAUCCAGGAGGAGUCGCGGAUGGAAGAAGAAAAUGCACAAGGCAUGGCGGCCUCCUUUGCCGCGACGUUGCAACAGUUCAGCGGUCAGAGGGAAGGUGCCAACAGUUGCACUGGCCUCACCUGUGGAGGCAACGGGUAUUGCGAUGAAAGCCAAGAAGGAGCCCGCUGUCGCUGCAAGGCUGGCUACGAGGGUACGGGGCUCGUGUGCAACCCGGCGAGUGCCUUCGUGGAGCGGCCGCUGAUCUCCGGGUCGCCGGGCACCAAACAGCCCGAGGUGGCUGACCUGUAUGUCACCAGCCUGCGUGACAACGGCGUAGCUGUGGUCUUCCGUGACAUCUCAAGGCAGAACAGUGGCUUUUUGGUGAUAGGCCUUGCACAGGACAGUGGCAUGCGCUGGAGUGCUCCAUCGCUGCUGAGCCAGUCCGCCGUGUUCGGCCCGGUACUCGCAGAGCUGGAGGCCCCCAAUCGCCUGGCGAUCGCUUUUAGGACCGCGGAUCGAGGCGGUGAUGGCGUUCUGGUGGGCGCCAGGCGUGAUGCUGACAACCGGAUCACGUUGGGCGCUCCACGUGUGUUUGCCCACUACCAGGCUCAAACCAUGGCGCUGCUAGCUUUGCCGCAAUCGAGGGUGGUGGUCCUUUUCAGUGAGCAUCAACCAAGCAAGGCAGCUUCUGGAAAAAUGGAGCAUUUUGGCACGUCCCUUCUGGCAGAGAUCAUGGAUGAGAGAUCAGGGCAGAUGGCGCCGCGCGUCUUGGGGAAGUAUCACUUCGCCCAGACUCGGGUCUCGCGGCUUAGCGCCGCCCCACUCUCGUCGAAGACCUUUGCCAUUGCCUACCGAGAACUCCCUGACAAGGCGGACAGCCCGUCCAGAGAAGCCAGUGUUGCCCUAGCGGAGCUUUGGGGAUCGGAGUUGGUCUUCACCACGAAGCCCAUGUCCCUGGAGCCGCGAGAGCAGAUCUGGGCACGUUCCGUGGCUGGCCUUGGCGAUGGCGCCUUUGCCUAUACCUACCACAGCGGAAAGGAAGAGGUGACUAAGCAGGUGGUGCUUCGCUUGAAUGCGGCCCACCGGUUAGAAGUGCUUCAAGAGCCGCGGGUGAUUGCCUCGGGUUUCAGCCCAUUUGUCAGCACCGUGAGCACGGUGCAGCGGGAUGAGGCGCAGCCAGCUCAAGGACAUCGGCUCUUCACCUUCCUUGGUGGGGAUCAAGGCUGCUGUGGGCCGCGUUCUGCGCCAAAGGCCGAGGGCGCCUGUGCGGAGCGCGCGCCCGAGCCGAAGGGCCUGUGGCGGCUUACGGGUCGCCACGCGCGGCCCACGUGGGAAGCCGCGGCAGGUGCUGGCGGUGGCCGUGACGUGGUGGCGGAGGCUGACGUGGCUCGUGGCAGCUCGGGAACGGAUGCGGGACGCAUGAUGUACUGCAUGCUGCACCUCUCGUUCUCGGCUCUGCUUUUGUACAGUGCAUUCCAGCUACCCGUGAAUGAAGCACCCACCUUGAUAGAUCCAGGCUUCGAUCUGGAGCACGAGCUGGACCUGGAUGCCUUCGAGACUUCCUUAGAGGUGGGCAUAGCUGCCCCAUUUUUCCUCCUGUUGAGUGUCUGGCUGUUGGCAUACAGGAAGCUGCAGAAAGACACUGGUAGUUUUAUCACUUGCCCAGCCAGCUCGGCCAGCCACAGCAGCUCCAGCCCCCUCACCAGCGAAAGCGCCAGUGCCCCGGGCGCAGAAAGCACGGAUCACGCGGCACACCACGCGGAGAGCAGCACCAUGGCCGCGCCACCGAAAGCCGCCCAACCACAUUCCCCACCGGCAAAAGCUGCGCCCAAGUGCCCACCACGCGCGAAGGCCAAAGGGAAAGCGCUUGCCAAGGGGCCAAAGGGGCCUGGUCCUCCGCCCAAAAAGGCCGCACCUGCAAAGGCUGCUGCGAAGGCUGAGAGUACGCCAGUGGGGGAUCAGACGAAAGUGAACCCCUUUGGCGCGCGCCGCGUGCGCUGGCGCACCUUGAACUCGGCGGAGGGCACCGUCUUCCACGGCCUGGGCGCAGGGCAUCUCCGGAGCGACACCGCGAAGAUGCUGAACGAGGUCUUCACCGUGGUGCAUGGAUCGAGCGGACGCUCGUCCUUCGUGCCGAAGAGUGCCGGUGUUUGCCUAUUGGAUCGGAACCGUGCGCAACAAUUGGCCAUUGUCUUCCGCCGCUCACCGGUGCCCUUGCAGAAGCUGUGCUCCGCACUGCUCACCUUGGAUUUCUCGCUGCCACUGGGCGACGAGGAGUUGGAAGGACUCAUCCAGGCUUGGCCUACAAAGGCAGACUUCGAAGAGGUGGCAAAGUAUACCGGGCCCACGGAGCAUCUGCGGGAUGUGGAACAGUGCAUUAAGCAGAUGGCACAGGUGCCCCGCAGUGAGGCGCGCUUGCGCUUGCUGCGGCUCUCCCGCUCCUUAGAUGGCCUGGACCGCCUACUUGAGCAGUUCGUGCUUUUGCGCUCUGCCUGUGAGGAACUCCUGAACUCUGAGACCUUGAAGCGGCUUUUGGAUGAGGCACUCAUCAUGGGCAACUACAUCAAUGGUGAUGCAGGUUGCGGAUUCUCGCUGGAUGCUUUCAGUCAGCUGAAGAGCUUGAAAGGUGCAGCGAACACCACAGCCUUGCAUUGCCUUUGUGCAAGCUGUGCCCAGGAGAGGCGUCUCCAUCCGAGCAUCUGUGUGUGGGAGUUGGUGUGCACGGAGAGUGGCAUGGAUGAUGCUCCGAUUUUUCUCAAAACGGGCCCAGAACAUCAGGUUUGCUGUACAUCAGAUGGCAGCCAGAUAUGA